GACAUAACGCGCGACGUUUCUGACUUUUCGGACUUGUUGGCGAAGCGCCCCGACAGCGAGGAGCUGCCGAAAAACUUGUCUGCAUCCCUGUGCACUCGCAUACAAUCAUUCACAGCGCUUUCAGCGCCAGAUGCUAUCGUCCUCACCGAGUUGAUUGAAAAGAAGUGCACGGUAGCCUCCGUGAAGCGCGCAGUGCUGGCGGCAGUCGAUAUCAAGGUCGCCAACAUCGCUGCAGCGGUCCCAAGUAGCAUCAGCGAUGCUGGGGAUCAGACGCUUUCCCACAUAUACAACUACCUGACGGGCAAAGAUUGGAUGGCCCUGGAGGACUACAGAGCGCCGGAGACCAAGAAAAUGAAGUUCAUCGACUUGCACGCCUUCCUAGGCAAGCACAUCCCGCUGCGCGACAACAACAUAUUGCUCAAGAAAGAGCGGGCUGGCUGUUGGCAGUCGUCUGACUUUACCCCGCUUCAGCAGGAUCGGCACGGUGGUUGGCACUCGAGCUGGGGCGGCAACUCUGACUUGGAUAAACUGGCCGCUCAGAUCCAUGGUUUGUACACUGCAGGGCAAUCGGGCGCUAGCUCUGCUCACGCGCCAGCCGCGUCGUUCAAGCCAGGCAAGAGCAUCGUUGCAGGCGCAGCCCCAGCCGCAGAUGCAGCUCGCGCUGCAGAGCCCAAGGUCGCAGCACUUCCACUCGGCGACGGUGAAGCAGCUCCUGCUGAUGGUGACGCAGCUCCUGCGGCGGGUGACGCAGCGCCCACUGCUGCCGGCGCAGCGUUGGCUGCGGAUCGCGUCGCGCAGGGGGCGCGCGAGAAGCAGGCGUUCGACGCUUUGGCGACGAAGGGCAAACGCACAGCCAAGGAGAGGCCCGCUGCUGCAACGGAUGUUGCAAAGAAGCCAGCGGCGGCCAAGAAGAGGCCCGCUGCUGCAACGGGCGUUGCGCCCGCCCUGAAGAAGCCCGCUGCAGCGUCGUGGGCGUCCAAGGGCGGUGCCUUCAAGAUCGUGUUUGAACCGUGUGGCGGCCAGUGCACGCAGAAUGCGGUCGCUUCCAGGUGGUGCGGAAGGGCGCUCAAGUGGGCCAAGGCAAACGGCCGCACCGAGAAGCAGGCGCUCGACGAUGCAAAGGACGCAUACAG